AUGCUCGAGCAACCAGGAGCAACCUCGACACCGUGGGUGGCAACGGGAGAUCCAGGGUUCUCACUGGGCGUCAGAUCACACAGUGCACUCCGACGUAUCCUGCCAAGACGGCCAAACUUGGCCGACCCCCCUUCCGAAAGUCACCACGUGAAGGUGAGCGGUCUUGGUAUGACAUACCAAGACAGCAUAUUUCGCUGCAGUAGGCUGCCUGCUACCAGUAUGGCCCUGCCUAUGCGAAGUGUGGGCCUGUUCAGAUCUUGGCACCGACUGGCAUCAAUAUUGGAGUGUUUCAUACAUGGGCAUUCAGUCCCGUGCCGCCUCCUGGCUGGUUUCUGA